AUGGAAGCUUCGAUUGGCCGCGCGGGUCGAUCACCGCGGCUGUACAUUCGCGCCAUGUCACAUUCUAAUCAAUUCACCGUCGCAUCUCCGCCGACGGAUGCGAUCUCCGCGCUCAAGUUCUCUACCGCUCCAGACUCCACCAGAAUAGUCGUCUCGUCAUGGGACAAGAAUGUUUAUUUGUAUGAUCUACGCGACGAGAAUGGGGUCGUUGGUACGGGGAAGCUCCUCCAGAAAUUUGAACACCGAGCGCCAGUGUUAGAUGUUUGUUUCGGUGCAAACGAGGAUGAAAUCAUCACGGCAGGGUUGGAUUGGGACGUCAGAAAGAUCGAUGUGAAUACAUCUACGCAGACCGUACUUUCCAGUCACGAAGCAGGUGUCAAAUCCGUCGUAUACAGCAAGGAACAUUCAAUUGUGAUCUCGGCCUCAUGGGAUUCAACACUUCACGUCCACAGACUAAACGCAGACUCUACACCGGCGGUAAUCCCACUGCCGUCAAAGCCAUUCUCCCUUUCACUCUCCCCCACAAAGCUCGUGGUCGCCAUGGCUUCUCGAGCACUACACAUCUACGAUCUCAAAUCACUCACCCUCAUAACCGACCAAGCCGACAUGCAACCACCGUCAGUCAACAAAGUCGAGAUUGAGCCCUGGCAGCGCCGCGAAAGCAGUCUCAAAUUCAUGACGCGGGCCGUUGCAUGCAUGCCUGACGACGCUGGGUAUGCCUCUUCGAGUAUCGAGGGCCGAGUUGCGGUGGAAUGGUUCGAUCCAUCUACCGAAUCGCAAGCCCGCAAGUAUGCAUUCAAGUGCCAUCGACAAACCGUCGACGACGUAGAUGUUGUGUACCCCGUUAACGCUCUCUCGUUUCAUCCCAUCCAUGGAACGUUUGCUUCUGGUGGUGGUGACGGCGUGGUUGCUCUGUGGGACGGCAUUGCGAAAAGGAGGAUUCGUCAGUAUCAAAAGUAUCCGGCUAGCGUUGCUGCGUUGAGUUUUAGUUCGAAUGGGAAGUAUCUUGCUAUUGCCGCUAGUCCCGGCUUUGAGGAUGGAAAGGACGUUAUUGAGCCUGGUUUGGUGCAGAUAUUUGUGCGCGAACUCGGUGAAACUGAAGCCAAGGGCAAGGGACCGAAAUAA